CGGAGUUUUACUAUAGGUAACGUUGUGUUAAAUAUAGUUUAACUUGUACGUUCACCUACUCAAUAAUAAGUUAAUUUAUAAACAAAUGCGGGUUCGUGACGAUGAGGACCAUAGCCUCAGCCAGCGGGGAGCAGGAGACCGUGGCCGUGAGAAGGAGUGAAUCAGCGGAUGCUCAGGGCAUCGACAGCCUCAUCAGCCCCUCCACUCAGGCGGUGUUUGGAAGAGUCAAUGCAAUUCAUCUUCUAGAGAAAGCCAACCUGGCUGUCACCCUGGCUAAUGAAAGCAACCACGUCUUGGCCCACGCUUCCUUUUACGAUCACCCUGUUGGAGAUUUGGUGGAUCAGGCUCACUGGGAAUCCUACUUGAAGAAGCACUUCAGCACUCAAAAAUGCACACCUUUGAACACAUUGUUCCUCCACCUUUUUGUGGCACAGCUGAAUUUUGCCACAGCAUGUGUAAAGGAGAUAAUGAGGGCAGUUUUUAAUGCCAUUGCAGAGCUUGAGUACAUCUGUCUGGUCACCCCACACAUUGGUGAUUUAGAACCAGCGCUGAGUGAGACGUUUGAGCCUCUGCAGUGCCUGACUGACUCUAAUCCACCAUGCUUAGCACGGAUCUGCCACAGAUACGUCCAUUGUCCCAGGCUUCACGUCCGCCAAGCCAGAGUUGAAGAUCAUGACGACAUGAUGUGUAUAUCUGAAGAGCAGGGAAACUUACCAACAGUUGUGGACCAACCAUACUUCCUCGCACAGCUCAUUAAAGAUCAGAGCGAGAAAAAUCACAUUGCUGUUUGUGAGGUUGAUGGUGUGAUUGUUGGCUUUAUCAGUCUUUCUGCUGAUGUUGAUCUGAAAGAGCUGCACAAUAGUUUUGACUUCAGUGAAGUUAAUGAUUUGUACAAAGUGCAGCAUAUGGGACACAAUGAACCUGCUUCUCCUGCUGGAGCAAGAGACGAAAGUGAAAAACCAGGACAAGUCCAAACCUUUGCUUCACAGCAGCAGGAGGAGCCACGAUUAGAUGAAGCCGGAGAGAUUUCAAAGAAACCAAAAGUCUUUCGUUUUGAGUUCUUGGUUAUUAGGAAGGAUUAUGAAAUGAGAUCAGUGGACUUUAUUCCAUAUGUAAUUAAAUGCUUCCCUGACUUGGAUUUCUGCACCAUCACAGUUCCGACCCUACUCCCUGAGAUUCCACUGCUGCAGAGCCUCCUCAGGGUGCCGCCCCGUGCCACCAGUUUGUUGCUUCAAGAACUCUAUGUUUUCCACCCCAUUGGUUUCAUGCCACUAGAGGUGAGGGCAGCUCUGGCUGAAGACCAACCGGCUAUCUCUGACCUGGUGAAGGGUUUGACACUGAACACGUCCCUGUUACAGGACCUGGACCACUACUACGAGGCCCGCAGAGCUCUGAAUGGGACGCCUCUGCAGGCCUUUGUGGCCCAGGUGAACAGCCAGAUUGUCGGGAUCCUGGUCAUCAGAGAUGAGCAAGACAUUGAGUACAUCCGCGCCCACUACAACAUCGAGAACUUCAUCUAUUUUAGCCAUCACCCUCACGAGGAGCACGCUCAGAUUCGCCACUUUGUCCUCAAACCGUCCUUCCAGCACGUCACCAAACACUUGUUUAAAGAGGUCCUGCGGCUGGCUCACAGAUCCUGCCUCUACCACAGGAUCUACCCCCCCUACCACAAGCAGGAGAAUUCCUGCAUCCACCAUCUGGAUUUCAUCCUCAACUGCGCGGUCCCUGUUCGCCCCCGUCGCCAGAUCAUCUACCCGCUGGAGGAGCUUGGCAUCAACGCCCCGUGCAAGCAGAUCACAGAGGAGCAGGCACCGUUUGCUCUCAGCCUCCUCAGCAGAAAGUUGUCCAUGGAGCCAAAGGUCACAGUGAACGCCAGAGUAGUGGUGGUGGGGGCGUCAGACACCGCUUUGUCUUUCCUCGAGGUGCUUUGUUUCUGCCCUCACCUGAGGUUCAACAACCUGACCCUCAUCUCGGCGCACGGUUUCCGUGGCGACUACAACCACGAGGACACUGCAUUUCUGUCCACAAGUCACGCGUACAGCAGCAGAGACGUGGCUCAGCUCCCUCUGCAUUCCUGUGUCAGCGUGGUGACUGGGAAGAUGGUGGGCAUCAACAGGAAGUCCAAACACGUCCUGGUGUCUGGUUCCAGGAAGGUGCCCUAUGAUUACCUGGUCCUCUGCACAGGCCUGCAGUACCAGAUGCCAUGUCCCACUGGAGUGGAUCUGAGCCAGCCCGUCACUAACAGUCAGCUGCCGAGCCAGUCCGUUCAUGGCAGAUACACUGGGCCCAUCCCCUCCAACCUCUUCACCCUCAACGACCUCCACGACUGCGCGGCCGCUCGCCGCUGGCUGUGUGCCAACUUUGUGGAGCUGGAGGAUGAUGCUGUCGUCUACGGAAGCAGCAUGGACGUCUACACCACUGUGCAGGCCCUACUCGGCCUCGGUGUCCGGGGAUCUCGUAUUCAUCUAGUUCUUCCGCCUGCUGAACCCGGCGCCUCCUGCUUCAGUGACCCGGCUGUGGAGCAAGCGGUGCUGGCAGCCGUGGAGCAGGCGGGGGUCAAGGUCCACUGUAACUGCCUGCUGGCCCAGAUGAACGACGGCGAACACCCAGACCCUCUCUCACGGGUGUCCUUCACCACCGAGGCAGAGCCCCUCCGUCUGCACUGUGGAGUGUUCAUCAACCUCUCCAACAGGAGAGUGGACUAUGACGCCUUCAGGAGCAUCAGCGGCUCCUUCCUGGUCUUCGAUGGCAGACUUGUCAUAAAUUCUGCUUUCUGCACCAGUGAUUCUGCCAUUUACGGCGCCGGGCCCCUCACCAAGUUCUCCUGCAGUUACCGCUCAGAGGAGUGGUCGCACGCCAGCUUCAGCUCCAGGGAGGUAGGCCGAGAGCUGGCGGCCAUCUUGCUCCCUCUCUUCGACCCAACACUGGCGUCCUCGGACGAGCCUGCGCCUGAAGCGGAUCGUCUUGUUCCACAGUACAAAGAAGCCGUGGUCCGAGGAGGGAAGUUGCCUGGAGGAUAUCACUACCUCCACAUCAGCAGACCCUGUGCCACCAGCGGGACCGCUCCCCCUGUUAAAUAUUUGCAGGACAGAGGGCUCAUCACUGGACGAGCGGAGACAGGGAACUACUUCUGUUUGCAUCUGGACUGCAAUGAGCUGGUGGAGACUCUCACCUGCUGCUCUCUGAAGCCCCUCGCUGUCUCCAAUUACCUCAGUCUGUACGGGAAACACCAGCAGCUGCUGGGACAGCUGCUGAGCCGCUACCACCGGGGUCUGAUUCAUGACCUGUACAGUUUCUUCAGUCAGAGCUGGUGUUUGGCCAUUUACCACGACAGGUUCUCUGAUCUGCAGCUGGAGCUUCAGCAGCUCAGCGCAACCUGUCUGAAGGACAGGACGGGUGACAUGGACGACGUCCUCCCUGAUGCUGCCCUUCGAGCCACCCUGAGAAGCAGCGCUGUCAAUUAUCUGACCUUCAACCGGAACCUGCUGCCCAUGUUUGCCAGCGUGGAACCACCGCAGCACAAGUAGCUUCACCAGGUUCAGGCCGUGCUCCCCACAGUCACAGAAGCAGAGUUGAACCAGACGCGCAUCGUCACUGUAGGUUUCCUGGAGACGCUCACGUCUCCUGGUCUUUGUCAGAUCAUUUGCAGCCUGUUUUCAUCUGUCCUUUCUUCCGUUGCCUUUGUUGCUGUGUUGCUAUGUCACCACCUCCAGCUGUGCUUGUGUGCACAGUACAAAGAGAACAGAUCCAUCAAACCACACUGCUAGUGACCAGGAUCAGCCCUGGAAGUGGAAGUUACACCGAUUCCUGGAGAUCUGAAACCUCAGUGUCGGUCUCCAGGUGUUCGGCUCAUAGACACACAACUCAGUUUCCAAGACUUCUAACAAUUCCUUCAAUACAAAUAUGCGUUGCUUAAAAACAUACGAUGAUGAUGCUGAUGUUAUUGCCAAGUUCUGGAUGUAUUUUCUUGUUCUUCUACCAUAUUGUGAGGUCGCUGUCAGAUGCUGUUUUGUCCUGCUCGUUUCCAACACUUCACUCCUGUUGAAACAGGGUCAGUGGAAAGUUAGCGCGGGCGCCAUAACUGGCUAAAGGCUCCUUUUCACCUGCAAAGGCAGCGUCACGCAGCACGAGCCUGUGCUGCAGCGUGACCAAUCACUCAGCCCGUACAGCACAUGAAAGUGGCUGUGUGGCUUUUAGGAGGCGCGGGAGCAGGCGGAGGUGGAGGGUGUCACUUUACAGCUGUAUGCUAAUGAGCUGAGCUGAAGCCUGCGGGGAAAAUAACCGCACACACAACAACAUAUGUCCACACCUACAAACAACCCGCAGGCUCACAGGACACAAAGUACAGAUUAAGUUGCAUUCGUCCGCAAUUAUGCAGCAGUUAAUAUUUAAAUCUAGCUCCGUUCUGCUGUUUUAUGCAGCUCCUUGUUGUGGUUAAUGCUCUUACACACGACACAGACUGGAUUCUUACAAGGACGAGGUUUCUUUGUGUUCAGCUUCUGGUUUUCUGUGACUUUAUGGUUAUUGAUGAUUAAUAGUGGCUUCAGUGCUGGAAUAAAGUCUGCAGAAUUUGCAGCAGAAAAAGCAGCAGUUUGUUUGUUUC